AUGGUGACGAUUUGUACCUACAAUGCAAGUACACUUGCAUCCGAGUCCUCGAUAGAAGACUUGCUCAUGCAAACAAGAAGGAUAAAGUACGACGUCAUCGGCUUGGCCGAGACGAGACAACGCUACACAUUCAACGCCGUCUAUGACACUGGAGAAGAACUGUUCCUCGAAACAUGCGACAGUAGAGGAGUCGGCUGUAUCGGCGUUCUCGUCAACACGAGUUUGUCUAUGAAAACUGAUUCAUUCGAAGACUAUAAAAACCGAAUCGAACGUUUGCGAUUAAAAAGACGCAGAUCAUUUCCGGCUUUGACAAUCUUCGUCGUUUACGCGCCAACAUCAAACUACGACGGAGAGGAAGUCGAAGCGUUCUAUAUGGUCUUGGAGAUCUUCUACGGAGAAAACCACAUUCUUCAAGGUCAUCAUUGGAGAUUUCAACGCCAUGAUUGGACCAAGAAGAACGUCUAA